GCUGCAGCAAUGGCCAGGCCCUCCCUGCUUCUCCUGCUGCUUGUCUCGGCCUGCGCCGCCCUCGCCAUUGCCGAUGAUGAUCCGAUGGCGAGGAGCGCUGCUCUCGCCGUCGCCGACGAUGAUCCGAUGACGAGGAGGGCUGCUCUCGCCGUCGCCGACGAUGAUCCGAUGGCGAGAAGGGCUGCUCUCGUCGUCGCCGAAGAUGAUCCGAUGGUCAGGAGGGCUGCUCUCUCCGUCGCCGACGAUGAUCCGAUGGUCAGGAGGGCUGCUCUCGCCGUCGCCGACGAUGAUCCGAUGGUGAGGAGGUUCGAGCGGUGGAUGGGCAAGCACGGCCGUGCCUACACCGACGCCGGCGAGAAGCAGAGGAGGCUCGAGGUGUACAGGAAGAACGUCGAGCUCAUCGAGGAGUUCAACUCCGGCGGCCAUAGCUACACGCUGACCGACAACAAGUUCGCCGACCUGACGAACGAGGAGUUCAGGGCCAAGGUGCUCGGCCUAGGCGCUCCCGGACGAGCCGGCCGGCGCGCUCCGAGAAGAGAAGACUUUGCCCCCGUGGCAAUGCCUGGAAAAGAGACUGAGAAUGAUAACAGCACUGUGCCCAAGGAGGUGGACUGGAGGAAGAAAGGGGCGGUGGUGGCAGUGAAGAACCAGGGGGGCUGCGGGUCGUGCUGGGCGUUCGCGGCGGUGGCGGCCAUGGAGGGGCUGAACUACAUCAAGAAGGGGCAGCUGGUGUCGCUGUCGGAGCAGGAGCUGGUGGACUGCGACGCGGAGGCGGUGGGGUGCGCCGGCGGGUUCAUGAGCUGGGCCUACGAGUUCGUCAUGGACAACCACGGCCUCACCACCGAGGCCAGCUACCCGUACCUGGGCGUCAACGGCGUCUGCCAGACGGCCAAGCUCAACGAGACCACGGUGAGCAUCGCCGGCUACCAGAACGUGACGGCCAACAGCGAGCCGGACCUGCUGCGGGCCGCCGCCAAGCAGCCCGUGUCGGUGGCCGUCGACGCGGGGGGCUUCGUGUGGCAGCUCUACGGCGGCGGCGUCUUCUCGGGGCCCUGCACCGCCGGGGUGAACCACGGCGUCACCGUCGUGGGCUACGGCGAGACCAGCACCGACACCGGCGAUGAGGGGUCGGGAAAGUACUGGAUCAUCAAGAACUCGUGGGGGGCGGAGUGGGGUGAGGCCGGCUACAUGCUCCUGCAGCGCGACGCCGGCAUCCCGGCCGGCCUGUGCGGCGUCGCUCUGCUCGCGAGCUACCCUGUCAUGUGA